AUGCAAUAUAUUUCGGAGUUUCAAUUCCAUUGUGCGGACACUGAGCUCCAACCCGGAGCCCAUCGAGGGGAGAAAGCUCCGAAACGUGCGCAAAGGCCCACCGGCAAGAAAAUUGAAGAGUUGAUGUUACCAGAGAAAUUUCAACACAUUUUGCGUGUAAUGAACACAAACAUUGAUGGGCAACGGAAAAUAAUGUAUGCUAUCUGCGCAAUUAAGGGUUGCGGUCGCCGAUAUGCCACCGUUGUCUGCAAGAAGGCCGACAUAGACUUAAACAAGCGCGCUGGGGAACUUACCGAUGAUGAAGUCGAAAAAUUAGUGACUGUAAUGGGGAAUCCGAGGCAAUACAAGGUACCCGUUUGGUUCUUGAAUAGACAACGUGACAUCGAAGACGGAAAAAGUUCCCAACUUAUGUCUGGCGCGCUUGAAACAAAGCUACGCGAGGAUCUUGAACGACUAAAGCGGAUACGCGCUCACCGAGGUGUUCGGCACUAUUGGGGUCUGCGGGUUCGUGGUCAACGCACGAAGACUACCGGUCGUCGUGGACGCACCGUUGGUGUGUCGAGGAAGAAAUAAAGGCUUGUAAUUUAUACUUAAGAUACAGGAUGAUGCUGAUCGACU